AUGUUGUCAUCAAUUUUUGACUUUCCAAGGAACGCCGAGACGUAUUUGCACAGGGUGGGGCGUUCGGGAAGGUUUGGACAUCUGGGGUUAGCUGUGAAUCUAAUAACUUAUGAAGAUCGGUUUAACUUGUAUAGGAUUGAACAAGAACUUGGAACUGAGAUAAAACAGAUUCCUCCCCAAAUUGAUCAAGCCAUUUACUGUUUGUGA